GAGGCAGGAUACCUUUGCCCAGAUGUCAGCUUUCUAACUCUGGGCCCACUGAGUUGAGACUAUCAUUAGACUUCCUAACACCAUAGCUGGAAAUAAGUCUUACAGGAUUGCAUCCUUAACAUCACUUUAUACAUUAACAGGAAAGCAGUCUCAUCUGUGAUGCUGGGGCCACCCUACAACCAUACAAUGGAAACCCCUGGCACCUUUUUCUUGGUGGGCAUCCCAGGUUUGCAGUCUUCACAUCUAUGGCUGGCCAUCUCACUGAGUGUCAUGUAUACCAUAACCCUGUUAGGAAACACCCUCAUAGCGACCGUAAUCUGGGUGGAUUCCACUCUACAGGAGCCCAUGUACUGCUUCCUGUGUGUUCUGGCUGCCGUGGACAUUGUUAUGGCCUCCUCUGUAGUGCCCAAGAUGGUGAGCAUCUUCUCCUCAGGAGACAGCUCCAUCACUUUUAAUGCUUGUUUCACUCAGAUGUAUUUUGUCCAUGCAGCCACAGCUGUGGAGUCGGGGCUGCUGUUAGCCAUGGCUUUUGACCGCUAUGUAGCCAUCUGUAAGCCCCUACACUACAAGAGGAUUCUCACACCUCAAGUGAUGCUGGGAAUGAGUGUGACCAUCACCAUCAGAGCUAUCAUAUUUAUGACUCCACUGAGUUGGAUGGUGAGUCAUCUACCUUUCUGUGGCUCUAGUGUUGUUCUCCAUUCCUACUGCGAGCAUAUAGCUGUGGCCAAGCUGGCAUGUGCUGAUCCCAUGCCCAGUAGUCUCUACAGCCUGACUGGGUCCUCUAUUAUGGUGGGUUCUGAUGUGUUCUUUAUUACUGCCUCCUAUAAUCUGAUUCUCCAGGCAGUAUUUGGUCUCUCCUCAAAGAAUGCACAGUUGAAAGCAUUAAGCACAUGUGGCUCCCAUGUGGCAGUUAUGGCUCUGUACUACCUACCCGGGAUGGCAUCCAUCUAUGUGGCCUGGCUAGGGAAGGACAUAGUGCCUUUGCACACCCAAGUGCUGUUAGCUGACUUGUACGUGAUCAUCCCACCCACCUUAAACCCCAUCAUCUAUGGCCUGAGAACCGAACAGAUACGAAAGCGAACAAGGAGCUUGCUGAUGCACUGCCUCUUUGACCACUUCAGCCGGGGUUCGUGA